UGACUUUGACACAGUAGAUUUGUAUAAUCUAGAGGAGGAUCAUUAAUACUCACUUUACAACUUUUCCUUAUUAGCCACAAGAAACCAUACAGAAACACCACAUUUAAUGCAUUUAUAAUUAUUUACGACUGAUUUGAGAGAGAGAGAGAGAGAGAGAGAGAGAGAGAGAGUGAAGUUGCAUAGUGGAGCAGAAAAUCCGGGAAACUUGUGUUGAAUCGUGGGCAAGUGGAGAGGGGGACGUGAUGUCCGAAAGGUUAGAGGAUCAUCAGAGAUUUAAGACACGAGGAAUCUGCGAAUACAACAACCUUUUUUUCAACUUGUUUUUCAUUACACAACAGGACUACUAAAUCCAAGCUUGUCUGAGGACGGAUCUCGAGAUUAAGAAUUUUAUCAGAUGGUUGAAAAAGAUAGCAAGGAAGCUGCAAAUCGUCCUCCCUCUAAUGUUGUGGACAGAGAUCCAUUGGAGGGGAAGGAAGAAGAUGAGUAUUCCGAUACGGAGAUGACAAAUGAAUCGUUGUCCUCUCAUGGAGGUUCACAGAUAGCUGACGAUGAUAAGAUUGAAAGGGCGCCUAAAGUUACAAAAAAGCCUGUUAGGAAGGAAGCUUCUAAUGGCGUUAAAGGCCAAAAAGCACCAAGAGCAAAACCUCAGUGGGGAGCAAAUAAUUCAAAGGUUAAGGCAACGCUUAACACUCCAAAAAAAUCCACUAACCUUAGUCGAGCAAAUUCUAAAGAGGCUGCCAAAAUGUUGUCUGAUAAUGAUUCCAAGAACAUGAAGGUUCAUCCAAACCCUUCAUCAGAACCCUCUGCAGGAGUUGGUGUCGCACCUCUUGAAGAUGUGAAGGAAGCUGAUGUCUCAGAUGAGGCCUUAAAUGGUGCUCGUAGUACUGGGAGCGAUGAUGAAACUAGCAAGCAAGAAGACAAUGAGGCUUUGAAUUUAAAAAUUGAAAUAAUGGAAAGCAGAAUUGAGAAACUUGAAGAGGAGCUCAGAGAAGUUGCUGCCCUAGAGAUGUCUCUGUAUUCUGUGGUACCAGAGCAUGGUAGUUCAGCUCACAAGGUGCACACACCAGCUCGACGCCUUUCUAGGCUCUAUAUUCAUGCUUGCAAACAUUGGGCUCAAGAUAAGAGGGCAACAGUUGCUAAAAACACUGUCUCGGGCCUUGUAAUGAUCGCAAAGGCUUGUGGUAAUGAUGUCUCAAGAUUAACUUUCUGGUUGUCAAACACUGUUGUACUGCGGGAAAUCAUCACUCAAACAUUUGGCAGUUCUUGUCAGUCGACUUCGCUUGCCAAAAUAUCUGAGUCUAAUGGAGCAGGCAAAAAAAGUGAUGACAAGUCUUUGCAACUGAAAUGGAGGGCCACUUCUGGUUCAAGCAGUAAACAACUAAAUAAGAACUUUAUGGAAUUCAUUGAUGAUUGGCAAGAAACAAGGACCUUUACGGCUUCGCUUGAGAAAGUUGAAUCUUGGAUUUUCUCCAGAAUUGUUGAAUCAAUAUGGUGGCAGACUUUGACUCCUAACAUGCAAUCUCCAGUCGUGACCUCUGGAAAAAAGUCCACUGGCAUGCAGGAGAAUAAUUCUGUCAAUUUGUGGAGAAACGCAUUUCAUGAUGCUUUUAAGAGACUCUGUCCUCUUCGAGCAGGGGGGCAUGAAUGUGGUUGCCUGCCAGUGUUGACAAGAAUGGUAAUGGAACAAUGUGUAGCUAGACUUGAUGUAGCCAUGUUCAAUGCCAUUCUGCGUGAGUCAGCCCACGAGAUUCCAACAGAUCCUAUAUCAGAUCCUAUAGUUGAUUCGAAAGUCUUACCUAUUCCGGCGGGGGAUCUGAGCUUUAAAUCUGGUGCACAACUAAAGAAUUCUGUUGGAAGUUGGUCCAGAUGGCUUAGUGAUUUUUUUGAAAUGGAUGUGGAUGAUUCUUUAACAGAAGAUCAAGAUAGCUCUGUAGAUGAUGUCACCCAUGGAGGAGAUGCUGAGCUGAAAUGUUUUCAUCUUUUAAACGCCUUGAGUGAUCUUUUAAUGCUACCAAAAGAUAUGCUUAUGGACCGCUCAGUUAGAACAGAGGUGUGUCCAUCAAUUGGUCUUUCUUUGCUAAAGCGUAUCCUCUGCAACUUCACUCCAGAUGAGUUCUGCCCUGAUCCAGUUCCAGGUGCUGUGUUGGAGGCACUAAAUGCUGAGUGUGUCAUAGAGCGUAGGGUGUCAGGAGAGACAUCAGGGGGAUUCCCAUAUUCUGCUGCUCAGGUUGUGUAUACACCUCCUUCUGCAGUUCAUGUUGCCGAAAAAAUCGCAGAAGUAGGUUGGAAGUCGAAAAUGAGCAGGAAUGCAUCCUCCGUACAGAGAAAAGGAUAUACAAGUGACGAGGAGCUGGAAGAAAUGGAUUCUCCUUUAACAUCUAUAGUUGAGAAAUUGCCUGCAUCUCCAGAUGAAAAUGGGAAUGGAAACAAGUCGGAUCAAAGAGGUUAUAGUUCUACAAACACAAGGUUUGGCCUUCUCCGCGAGGUCUGGUUAGCCUGAGCUUUCUCUGUCUAUUGGCGAGUUCCCUUCGAAAAAUAAGAUGCAAUGUCACAAGUAUAAAUAUAUGACAUUCUAUAUAAUGUAACCGAACCGGCAUAUUGUAUAUUAAAGUUCACCUGUAUGAUAAGAGUAUAUAGAGAAUGCAGUAAAACUGUAUUAUGAUUUCAA